AUGGCGGUCAAAGUGUUUAUCACAGGAGUCACAGGAUACAUCGGUGGCGACGCCCUCUAUGCAUUGAGCAAGAAACACCCCGAAUGGGAAUACUGUGCCCUGAUCAGGACGCAGGAGAAGGCGAACCGAGUUCAACAGCAGUAUCCCAAGGUUCGCAUCGUGCUGGGUGAUCUGGAUGAUUCGGCCGUGCUUCGUGAAGAGAGUGCAAAGGCAGAUAUCGUUCUGCAUACUGCAGACGCAUCGGAUCACGAAGGUGCGGCAAGAGCCAUUGCUGCCGGUCUCGUCGAGGGCCAUGCGCCAUCUAAGCCCGGAUUCUGGCUGCACACGGGCGGCACUGGGAUAUUGACUUAUGAAGACUCCAAGAAUAAUCGCUUGGGAGAGUGGUCGACCAAGGAGUACAAUGAUCUCAGUGGAGUGGACGAGUUGACACACCUGCCCGACGAGGCAUUCCAUCGUAACGUCGACAAGAUCGUUCUCGAAGCUGGAACCAAGUAUGCGGACAGGGUAAAGACGGCGCUGGUUUGCCCGCCCACCAUCUAUGGCAAGUCUUGGUGA